AUGACGACUGCUUAAAGUCUAAAUCAAUUACCCAACAAAGAAGCUAAAAGAUUAUCUGUUCGAACUUCAACAAAAGAUAAUGAGGAAGAGAAUCCUAUGGGCAUCAAGAAAUUACUAACUAGGCUUAAUACAAAAACAUCAAAUUAAAAACGGACAUCAAAUGUAAGCAUAAUGAAUCAAAAUUCCCAAAAUUAAGCUCAAUCCAAGCAGGACAAGGAUGAGCUGCUUGAAAUCCCAAGCAAGUAGGAUUAAAAAAGCUAAAAGGGUAACGAUAAAAAGAAAAAACGUAAGAUUUCACUCAGAAGAUAGAUCACUCUGGUUAAAUCAAAUACGAUCCUUAGCAAUGAGGAAUCUAAAGGAGUUCGGUAUUCUGUAAACAUUGAGUCUCCAGGGUUAGGUAGCAAUAAAAUUGUCUAGCGGGAUUCUUUGAAAGUUAUUAAAAAAGAUGUAUUAAAUAAGAAACAUAUGAGCACUGUGAUGCAAGUACAUGAGUUACCAUAAUUAGGAGGAAAAUCCAAACAGAAAUAAGUUUCGAACUUCUUUACUUCUCAAAAUGAAUAGAAGAUUGAUGAGGAAAAUUAGUCUAUUAUAUCUGAGGAUGAUGAUGAUGAAGAAUAUAUGAACUAGUUUGCAGACUUAGAUGAUCCCUUAAAAGAGUUAAUCGAUUCACUGGAAAUUAGAUUUUAAAGUAAAGGAGAAUAUAUGUUUAGGAAGGGUUAAAAAGCCGAUUAUGCAUAUGUAGUAUUAUAUGGAAAUGUCAUUUUCUUGUAAGUCAAGCAAUAAUCUUAUCUCAAAGGCUCAGAGCCUUAAAGUCCGCCUCCUGUAAAGAGCAGCAAUCCUGUAACAAAUACCAUGCAAAAUGCAUUAAAAAAAUAAGUUGCUGAUCAAAAGUAGAGGACUAUUGAACAAGAACUUACAUUUCCUAAAAGAACUAGAAUAGUUAAUGGUCCUUAUAUCAUGAUUGAAGAAGAGGAAAAAGUUUGGGAAGUAGCAGAAGGGGCAAUAAUUGGAGAAAUAGCUAUGAUGGAUCCAUUAAAAGCAACAAGAGCAUUAUCAGGUAUGAAUUUAAUCUGUUCAAUAAUGAUAGGAAUGGCCAAAACUGAUUGUGUAUUUUUACUACUCAAUCAUGAUGCUUUUGACAUAUUGGUUAAGGAAAAGCAAAAGAAAAUAAAUGAAGCAAUGACUUAAUUUUUAUUUGAAGCUGUUCCAAGAAUGAAGGAUUUAUUUUAAUUUAAGAAAGUGUAAAAAAAUGUGCACAAUGAACAACGAAAAAAGGAAAUUUUCAAAGAAGGAGAUGUGUCUGAUAAGAUUUUCAUUCUAAAAACAGGUCAGUGUGCACUAUAUAAAGUAAUAGAGUUCAAAGAUGAACUUGGAAUCACAAAGCAAAAGUAGGAAAAGCUCAUGAAUAUCGAACCAGGUGCUAUGUUUGGAGAGAAUGCAUUGUUUUUUAAUAAUAACAAUCAGUACUCAAUCAGGACUAUAACUCCAGCAACCUUUUUCACAAUUACUCAUGUAGAAUUUAAAAGAGAGUUCAAGAGACUAUAGCCAUCAUUAUGUGAAUUCUUCAAAUAGAGGAAUGAAUUCAUACAAGAGAGGGAAUAAUAUAUAAGAAAUGCUAGAAAACAUGAAAAGAAGAAUUUCAAUUCUAAGAUUGAGUAGGGUGACAUGAAUAUAUUCUUAUAAAAAGAUUUUAAAACACAAGUCAAUUUUGCUGAUAACUAAACUAAAAAGAAAUUAUAGGUAUUUUUCUUGAGAAAAGAGCUUUAGCAAUUAAAUAAAGCAAAAAAAGAGUUAGAUUUAGAAUAAGAGCUAACAAGAAACAGACUGAAUAUGACAAGAAAGAAAGGAUUAAGUUUGAAUAAUUGGACAUCAGACAAUGAAAUCUAUGAGAAAGUUAAAGUAAUGUAUUCUCCGCAGAAAGCUCUAAAAGAUGAAUUUGGCUAGAUUAGAAGCCAUGAAUUUUUCAAAACUUUACAUUUAAAGAGUUCUACUAGCAAGCAGACUUUUAUUGAGGGUAUUAAAACUGAUAUGCAGCAAUCGAUUUUGAGCAAAAAUGGAUAGUUUGAAACUCCAAGAGGAGUUGACCAGAACUAAUUAAACUUAAGAGAACUAAUGUAAAUGAAUAUAAAAAGAAAUAGAAACUCUAAUUUUAGUUUGUAUAAAGCAGUUAAAGGUGAAUGCAGAACAUAAUCAUAGGCAAGUCUCUAGAAUUAUACUUCAGGACUUUGUAAUAACAGAAUUUACAAAUCGAUCCACAUAGAAAGUUAAACUAAAAAUCCUAUUCCAAUAUUGAAAUCAUCAUAAUCAAUGGCCCAAUUAGUAGUGUCUCCAACUCUUUCAGAUUAAAAGGGAUCAUCAGAUAAAUUUUUUGAAAAAAGAAAGCAAAGACAAGGUUCAAAUUCUCAGCCAAGACUAUUUUGA